AUGGCGGAUUUCGCAGAAAGUUCUCACGCGUGUAGGGCGCUCAGAGUGGGGAGAGAGGAAGGAAGGAAGGGAGGCCUAUCGCCAAAUCCCAAGAGCAUUGGAAGAAAAAGGAAAGGUGAGAGAUGUUCGACAAUCGACAGAUCCCUGAGGCGGAUCGACGAGGAUCUGUCGACUAUUGGUUUUGGUGGGUCUUUGGCUGAGCUGCUGCCACGCUUUUGCAGCCGGCGCGGGGAAUUAAAGGCCAGUGCAUCUGGCACGUCUGGUAUGAGGCCUAUUAUGGAGCGGGAAAAGCGAACUUCUUCCCCGCUUCACCUCUCUUUGUUCUGGCACACCCUGAGGAGAGAGAGCAAAGUACCAAUUGUGAUGGUCGGAUGCGCUGAUUGCCCUGCCAGUCUGAGUACUCGAUCACGUCAUGGCCAUGAACCCCAGUUCUGUCCAAUGUGCCACGCUACAUCGAUGAACUGCGUGGUUUAUCCCCUUAUCGCACAGGCGGGCCACUGGAGCAUCACGAAGCUGUCCCGUGGGAGUGGUGAAGAGUCGUUGGAACCGUCGGCUUCGAAUGGCCAUUGGAUGUUCUUCCUCCCCAUCCAUCACCCCGUGAUCGCGGACUGGCCCAGUAGGAUGUGGCCAUGCGAUCCCCCGGCCUGCCACCAGAAGUGUGAGACAUGGAUGGCCAAGUGGGCGGUCAUGGGUGAAGAAAGAGAGAUUCUAGUGCAAGCUUUCCUCAGUCGGGAAAGACGUGAUGUUGCAGAGCUUAGAUACUCCGUCCGCCAAUCUACUAUUGCCGACGGCGUGUCUUGGGGGGCCACGCUCGGGGUCAUUGAGUUGCUCGGAUCUGCCCAGAAGGAACCUUCCCCCUGGGAAGAGCUAAAAUCGGCUUUGGAUGCUUUUGGUGGCGCUAAUGCAGGAACUGACGAAACAAGCGCUGGCAUUGGGGAUGAGCGACGAGGGCUUUGUGCGGAUGAGAGGGGGGUGGCUUACCGGCUUCUACCAAUGGGAGGCCACGCAUCUCUAGUUUCUACUCUUACUCCUACUUACACUUCUUACUUUUCACUUACUAAGAAUUGUGGCCCCUCAAGGCACCCUUGGUCAAAGCUGCAGAAGGAGGAAAAGAAACGAAAAAUCCCAUCACACUAG